GCGCCUGCGCCCCGUUCCCCCUCCCUCCCCCCCCCUCACCGCAGGCGGUGGGGUUGAGGUGCUGUCAUGGCGGACCCGGCGGCUCCCGGCCGGUUGGAAAGAGACACUGGAAAUCUAGGGGUCCAGGAGGCGGCGGGUCCUGGAGGAGCCCUGGUGGAGCUCACCCCGACCCCAGGCGGCCUGGCUCUUGUGAGCCCCUACCACACCAACAGGGUCGGGGACCCUUUAGACCUCGUGGCGCUCGCCGAGCAGGUACAAAAGGCCGAUGAAUUCAUCCGAGCAAAUGCUACGAACAAGCUGACAGUCAUUGCUGAGCAAAUCCAGCAUUUGCAAGAACAAGCUAGGAAGGUACUGGAAGAUGCUCGCAGAGAUGCUGACUUGCACCACGCGGCUUGCAAUAUGGUGAAAAAACCUGGCAACAUUUACUAUCUGUACCAGCGGGAAAGUGGCCAACAGUACUUUUCCAUCAUUUCUCCAGAGGAAUGGGGAGCAGGCUGUCCCCAUGACUUCCUUGGUGCCUACAAGCUGCAACAUGACUUGUCGUGGACUCCAUAUGAAGACAUUGAGAAGCAAGAUGCUAAAAUUGGCAUGAUGGACAAGCUGCUGAACCAGCCCAUGGCCUUGCCCCCAUGCACUGAACCCACCUUCCAGGGACUGACUCACUGAGUAUGGCUCAGACUAGCAGCCCUCGUGACAAAGGCCUGACCACUACCUCCUCCUUGUCCACAUUCUCUUCCAUGGUGUGGGGGGCAGGGGGUGGGGUGGGACUCAUGAGGACUGUGGGUUUUAGGAAUCAUGAACUUCCUAGGAGGAGACCGUGGUGAAUGUAGAUGCUGUGUCUGCUGUCAUUUGGGAUGGUAAGGAAUCGCAGAACUCGUGUGGGAUCUUCGUGGGUUCACUGAUGCCCAGUUACUCUGUUUCAAAGGAUUGGCUAGUGCUUUUCUUCUUCACCUCCAGCUCUCCCUCCCUUAAGUCAAAACACUGGAAAAGGAAGAGCCUUCUGCCCACAGCAAGUUGGUGGGUCAUUUUCUAAGAGGAACCGUUUUCCUCUAUCUUGUGUCAGGUUGGUGUUGAAGCGGUCUUCGUAGGUCCCAUGCCAAUUUGAGGUUGAUUCAGGAAUUCCAGUGUUGCCUACAUAGGAUUAAAAGAAACAACAGACAAAA